GGUACUUGCAUUUGAUGCAUAUAUGCUCCUACUUCUGUUUUCUAAAAAAAAUAAAUUAUCGUCCAUCUUUUUGUUCCUUUGGUAAUUCGAAUUCAAAGCUUUAAAUUUUCUGGAACUAGUCAUUUUCAGAUUCUGCUUAUUUAUUGUUCUCAAAUACGUGCUAUUGCCAUAAAGACAAUUAAUGUUAUGUAGAGCUUGAGCCUUCAAGCAUUCAUCUGUCUCUUUUUCAAUUUAUUCUUCAACCCCUUCAAUUUCUUCGCUUAAAAGAGUAGCAAUUUGAUCAGUCAUUAUUAUGUAUCUGAUAUACUAUAUAUUAUACCAUCCUAAGAAGCAACUCCACUGUUAACAAGCCAAAUAUAUGCUUGGAUGUUGAUGAUGUAUACAAUUGGUUGACAAGUGGCAAAACAAUUCUACUUACCCCAUGCAUUUUGUAUAUACCUUCACUAAGUCUCAUAAAUGCAUCAUACCUACGAAUAGACUUCUAAAUUUAUAUAAAAUUAAAUAAAUAGACAUAUAUAUUUUACGUGAUUUAUUAUACCCACGUAAGAUUUCAUAUAAGAAGCAUGUGUAUUAUGUCUAUUUUAAUUCAUCAUUCUUUUUAAGCCACAACACGAUCAUAAAAGCCCCUCCUACUCCAAAGCACUCUCUCAUUGUGACAGAAAAAAAAAAUCAAGAAAAUGAAUUGUCAUAACAACUACAUAAAGUUUAUAUUUUUUCUUGUUUUUUUGGCAUCUUGUAGAUUUUCUAUAGCAAAACAGACAAACCCCACCUCAAAUAUCCCCAAAUUGGAUCAAUUCUUGAAUGCAAUUUAUGAAUGGAGGGCUAAUCAGAAACAGAAACAAGAAGAUGUGGGUUUAAAAUUUGGAGUUUCAACUGUAGCAGCAGGGGUGCUCUGUUUUUUAGCAGCCUCCAUAUCAAGUGCUGGUGGGAUUGGAGGUGGAGGGUUGUACGUACCUAUUCUUACUAUAAUUGCUGGUGUAGACCUCAAAACAGCUUCAAGUUUUUCUGCAUUUAUGGUCACAGGUGGCUCUAUUGCUAAUGUUGUAACUAACAUGUUUGUGAAAAGUCCCAAAUAUGGAGGCAAGAUUUUGAUUGAUUUUGAUAUAGCAUUGCUUUCGGAGCCAUGCAUGUUGUUGGGUGUCAGCAUUGGAGUUAUAUGCAAUAGGGUACUCCCAGAAUGGCUUAUCACUAUACUGUUUGCUCUGUUUCUUUGUUUUUGCACUUUCAAGACAUGUAAAUCAGGAUUCUUUUAUUGGAAAUUGGAAUCAGAAUCGGAAAAAGGAAAAAAAGAAUUGGAAAAUGGAUUGCUGAAAAAUGAAAGUUGUGAUGAAGAUGAUGAAGCUUUGUUGGAGAAGAAGGAAGGAAUAAUUAGCAACAUUCCAUGGAUGAAAAUGGGGAUAUUGGUGAUGUUCUGGUUUUCCUUCUUUUUCCUCUAUCUUCUUCGUGGAAAUCAAUAUGGACAAGGCAUCAUUCCUAUGGAGGCAUGUGGAGUGGGAUACUGGAUCAUUUCAUCAGUUCAGUUUCCUUUGGCUAUCAUCUUUACAUCAUGGAUCUUGUAUAAUAGAGGAAGUCAGCAGAACAUGCCUUCCAAGAAACCGCAGGAAGGAACCAGUGAAACUAAACAUGGACCUUCAGGGAAGCUUAUCUUCCCGAUAAUGGCACUACUAGCAGGGGUUCUAGGAGGCGUUUUUGGAAUUGGUGGUGGAAUGCUAAUUAGUCCCCUUUUAAUCCAAGUCGGAAUAACUCCUGAAGUGACAGCAGCAACCUGCUCAUUUAUGGUGUUUUUUUCCUCUACCAUGUCAGCUGUGCAAUAUCUAUUUCUAGGGAUGGAACACGUGGACGAUGCCCUCAUCUUUGCAGUUGUAUGUUGUAUUGCCUCAAUCAUUGGAUUACUAGUGGUUCAGAGAGCCAUAGAGCAUCAUGGGAGAGCAUCCCUUAUUGUAUUUUCUGUUGGCACAGUUAUGGCUUUAAGCACUCUUCUCAUGACUAGUUUUGGAGCUGUUGAUAUCUGGAGGGAUUACACUAGUGGGAAUUACAUGGGGUUCAAGCAGCCUUGCUAAGAUAAGAAAACGAGGAAGCCUUGAGAGAUGGUCCAAUUCAAGGCAUUGUCCAAAUCUUGCAUUUUUAUGCUCUAAUAAAGAAUUAGAUGCUUCUUGCGAAGCUUCUGUUAAGAAAAUCAUACUAUUAGAUAACACGGGUGAAUUGGGGCUAUGAAAUGUCUGUAAUCUGGACUAUGAGUUAUCACAUGAUUAUUACAAAUACCUGUGUGUUUCCAAUUGUUAUGUUUAAGCCAUGAUUAAUACUUAUACAAAAUAGCUUGUAUUA